AUGUCGGAUUAUUCACGGUUCGCCAAGACAGGGAGCCGUGGACAAUGGUCCCAAGCAUUAGCUAUACCCGUUAUCAAGACCAUUUAUGCUGUUCUUGGUCUAGCUGUCGUUGGUUCUGGGCGGGUACUUUACGAGACAGACAUAUCCAGUCCAGUCGAUAUGCUUCCGUACUGGGGCAACACGGGAGGCGGUCGCUUCCUUGCCUUCGUCUGUGCUAUUCUCUGGAUGCUUGCUCAAAUAUCUUGUGACAUUUCUGCGAAUUCUAUCCCCUUUGGUCAUGAUAUUAUGUCAUUUGUACCGGCGUGGGUGACUGUCAGACGCGGUUCCCUUCUCUGUUUGCUCCUUGGUGCAUGGGGUAUGGUGCCAUGGUUAAUUGUCAACAGUGCUGACAAGUUUUUAAGUUUCAUGUCGGCCUAUGGGGUGUGCAUUAGCCCCAUUUGCAGUAUAAUGAUCGCGGACUAUUUCCUAAUCCGACGAAGAAAGUUGAACUUGUCUGACCUAUACCACCCUCACGGCUGCUACCGGUAUAGAGCUGGUAUAAAUUGGCGUUCGUUUGUGACUGAGAUCAGUUUCGUCGGAAUCAAUUUGCCAGAAGUCAUCAACAACGUUAACCCGAGCGUUCUCAUUCCUAGCGGACUAGCCCACCUGUAUCAGAUAAACUGGAUUGUCAAUACCCUGGGCUCCAUUCUUGUUUAUUGGUGUCUUUGUACCUUAUGGCCACCUGUUGAGUCUCUUGAUCCGAAAGUUCUGCGUGAGUAG